GCGAGGAGGAAGUGCGGAGAGCUUCAGGUUCCUCUGUGUGUGUGUGUGUGUGUGUGUGAGAGAGUCUCUUCCUGCUGCGGAUCGGUGUUUAUUAUCCGCCAGGUCCGAGGUUUAAAACUUCACUCGGGACGAGUUUAUUUAUCCCUGUGUGUGUGUGUGUGUGUGUGUGUGUGUGUGUGUGUGUGGAGGAGCUCAGGAUGGAGGUUCCUCAUCUGACGGAAGACGAAAUGGCCGAAGUGAAGAAGAACGCUCUGGAAUCUCUUCGUCCGUACCUGGUAGAUAAGCUGAUUGCAGAGAGGCAUUACGAUUACCUGCGCUCCAAGAAGAUCCUGACACGAGAGGACACAGAGGAGAUCAGCUGCCGGAGCACCCGGGGAAAACGUGCCGGUAAGCUCCUUGACUUCAUCUCAGAGAACCCACGAGGCCUGGACAUGCUAAUCGAGUCGAUCCAACGCUGCCAAACGCUCAACUUCAUCAUCGCCAAGAUCACAGAUGAGGUGCAGCGGUGCAAGAACGAGAAGAUCGAGGCACUCAGAGCUGCAGGUGUGUCCAGCUCGAGUAUGAAGGACGCAUCCGGGGCCACUAACAACCUCUCCAAGGCAGAGUUCUACGAUUACGACAAGUGCUCCACUGUUUGUCUCCACCCUGAUGGAGAACGGAGUCCCGCCUCUUCUGUGAUGAGCAGUUCUAUGAACCUAUCCUUCGCUGUGAAUCGGCAGAGGGGGCAGGACUCCGUGUCGGUCAGUGGCGCUGUCAGUCUAACCACAUCAUCCAGCCUGCCGAAACCGGGCGAUCCUGGAGCGCCACCUCUUCCCGAUGACAUCGCAGAGGAAGACCAGGAUGCAGAAGCGGGGGCUUGCGGGAGCACAGGAAGUAGCGGGGAUGCUAACUUCCUGCCACUACGCUCUCGUUCCUUAAACCUGUCUGUCAGCAAUGUGGUUUGAGAACUAAAAUACAAUCGCUGUGUUCCUGUACAUUUUUUAACACGCCCUCUUCAACUUC